CAUUAGGGCACGAUAGCACAAGUCUAGUGAUGCGAUUGCGAGGGAAUGCACUCAGAGGACGUGAGAAUCUUCCCUUUUGAAAAAGCACGCCUAUCGCAUUCCAACUUUUAGUUGGAAGUCUGAAGCUCUGAAUCUGAAUUCUUCAGGAAGGAAUUGCUGCGCGUGGAGUUAACGCUAACUUUCUUUAACUUUAAAGGACACGGUUGAAAAUCCGUACGACUUCGGAAAGUGCAUGCGAUGGUUUGUGGGAAUUUCCUAUUAAAACCGUGAGAACAUGCAUUGUUUCAUAUGGAGAUCAGCAACAGUGUAUAAAAUCUUUGUGGAAAGAAUGCAAAGACCAGCAACCACAUUUCCUUGAUUUGUGGUGUUUUCACUACGGUCAUCUUAAAGGAAUUCCGGGUGUGCUUUUCUAAACCUUAACACUGGGACAAGAUCUUGAAUCUGAGGCAGUGGAUACGGAUUUUUUGGGACUCUGAUUCAAUGAAGUAACUGAAAUCCCUAUGCUGAAGUGUGGUGACUUUUAUCCGUCUCUUUCGAAAUGGCAAGUUUGGCCGGGUUUAAAAAGUGGACCAGGACAUUUGUUUUGUUUCUGUACUCCGUGUUGAUCAUUUUCGGCGGCCUCAGUGUUGGGUCCCCUACCCAUAGUCGUCGGCUGGUCUGUUGGCAAGCCAUAAUGAAAUGUCAUGGAGAGGCUGAAUGCCAUUACGCGUACGACCAAUACGUUUAUGCAUGCGCUCCAAUUAUUAACGGGGAUCGGAAGAAAUGUCCCAGUCACUGUAUAUCAUCCCUCAUCCAGCUUAAUUUAACCGAAAGUGGACCCACAUUGGAGGAUUGUGAUUGCGCUUCGGAUCUGGUCUGUAGGAACACCAAACGUGCCAUAGAACCAUGCCUUCCCCGGACCAGUAGCAUGGGUUGCACCGAAGCACGGCGACAGUGCGAGAGAGACUCUCAGUGCAGCUCGGCAAUGCAGGACUACUUAUUCCAUUGCCGCAAACUUUUUGGAGGUGAAAGAUGUUCUGAUGAGUGUAGAAGAGUUAUAGCCAAUAUGCGCUCCAUACCAAAAGCACAACAGUUAGACACUUGCAUAUGUGACGGUACAGAGAGAACAAUAUGCGAGUAUGUAAAAGUAAGUAUGAAAAACUUUUGCUUUGAUCCAGAUGAAAGGUAUGCAGGUAGUGGAUAUUCAGACUCCGAGGAAGAUAUCGAAGAGUACAUGGAUGAAACGGAGGACUAUCCGUAUGAGGAGAACUCGAGUAACUCUGUCGCUUGUCAGAGUGCAAUUACCGCUGUGGCUACCAUUUUGGUUUUACCCCAUUUUAUCUAAUGGACUUCUUACAUUGUUGCAGAGAUUCUUAAAACAGUUUGGCCUCUUGAGUUUGUCACAGUCAAAUGAAUAGCAUCGUAAACGUUUUACGGAUACUUUUAUUAGAAACACACCUGCUUUAGGCUGCUUCCAGACCUGGCACCUAGUGUCAUAUCAGGAGCCUGCUAUGUAGAUACGUGGGCCUAUUUGGUUAACUAGGUCCAAUGAGCUAAGCUGUAAGAGUCAACCAUUUUUAUUAGACACAUUGUAACCCAGUAGUGUAUAUGGUGUCACACAACUAUUAAGAGCUCCAUUUCAAUUUUCUCCGAUCACGCACAUACAAUAGUUAUGUUAUAGUCAUUUUGUGGAACACAGAAAAAAAGAGUUUGUUGUAGUUUCAGUCAAAUCUCAACUUCAUAUUUCACAAUAGUGUCAAGAUGAAAAAGUAAAGAUUAUUUUUAUAUGUAAAAUGUGUAAAGGUAAAUUGUACAGUAUAUUGUAUGAUAUAAAUUUGUUUGCAGAGCUAUUUGUUUAUUAAUGCUAAGAUAUUUGCACUGUAUCAAAAUGUCAAAGCUUCACUUUGAUUUUAUUGCAUUAUGUGCCCACAGUGGGAAGAAAUAUAUCUUUCUUAAAGUGC